AUGAUGGCAGCAUAUCAACCUACGCCUGGAGUAGGGCACCCGGGCCUGCCUCACGGACAUCCAGGCAUGGCGCCGACGCCGGGCCACAUGGGUCAAACAAUGCAGAUGCACCCGGGAGUCUCUGGGGCGCCUCAUGUGAGCCAGCCCGGUGCCAUGAUGGGCAUGCAGCCUGGUGCGCAGGGCAUGGGCCCUGGUGGAAUGGGCGGACAGCACCCCAAUGGCAUGAUGCAGGCGCAGAUGGGCGGCCACAGCGUGGCAGGUGGCAUGCCCGGACAGCAGAACAUGAGCCAUAUGACACCGCAGCAGGCAAUGCAGCAGCAGGUCAUGAUGCAGCAGAUGCAAAACAAUCCACAAUUGUUGCAGCAGCAGCAAAUGCUCCGUAUGCGCCAUCAUCAGCAGCAACAGAUGCUCCAACAGCAAGCUGCCGCUCAGCAAAACGGCAUGAACAGUAUGCAGCAAGGCAUGCAAUUAACACCGCAGCAGAUGGCACAAAUGCAGCACGCACAGGCACAGCAACAGCAGCAGCAACAGCAGCAGCAAGCGGGUGGCCAGUCUGUUCAGCUGCCGGCACAUCUGAUGCAGCAGCAGAUGGCCCUUCACCAGCAGCGAAUGCAAGCCCAGGCGCAACAGCAACAACAGACCCAGUUGCAACAGCAAAUGGCAAUGCAGCACGUCAAUUCUCAGCAGAGCAACCAGGGGCAACCCACUCCGCAGAAUCCUCAGGCACAACCAAACAAUCCUCAGCAAAUACGACCACAAUCUCGAAUGGCGAACCCAAACGAGCAAGCCCAAGCCAGCCAGCAACAGCAUCAGGCCCAAGGCCAGGCCCAACCAGUCUCGGCGCCGAACCAGCAAGCUGCUCAACAAGGACAACAGGCAAAUGCCCAAAAUACACCCCAGGCUCUGCAGCGGCAGCAACAGAUAGCCAUGAUGCAGCGACAACAGAUGCUGGCACAGCAACGACAACAGGCGGCGAUGCACAACCAAAGCACGACUCAGCAAGCGACAAACGCUCAAGGAGGCAUGUUUAUUUUGAGGUUAAUGAGCUUCAGUGACCACAUUGGUCAAUUCACCGAGGAAAGCGGCAAGCAAAUGGCGGCUUGGAACAGUCUAGUGGACAAACAUUUCGCACCCGAAGGUCGCCUCAUUCAUAGCUUCGACAACGACCCAGCUGGCCAGCGCAACAAGAAUUAUGAGGUACUUCGACCGAGCGUGGCGCGGUAUUUCUGGACAUACUUCGAUUCUGGGGCGAGUUCAUUACGCCUACACACUGAGAAUGCUCGCGAGGUCCCGAAUCCCAGUGGUAGCCAUCAAGUGGUUUGUCAGAACGCGAUUUUCUCUGUCUCGUAUCCGAGUGGUGCUCGGCUAGAGAUGACUGGGUCCUUGCAAGUCCUCUUCAGCGCUGGAAGCGAUGCGAUUGAGUGUCUCCAGUUCUCCACUGCGAACACAGAUGAGAUAAUUUCUCGAUCUCGGAUCGAGAAGGUGGUCAGCGAAUGGUCACCCUCUUUGCCGAACAAGUCGCCGAAGAUGGCGAAGAACAAAUUGCCGAAAGCUCAGCAGAAGAUGCAGGAACAACAAGAUCGGUUGACCAUGGACCAUUUUCCGAAAGCGCCCAAGGGAACACUCGGCGUCUCCUCCAAGGUGCAAUAUUUUCUAGAGAUGGGCGAAACAAUGAACCUGAUGUCUGAUCUCAUGUCGUGCGCCCAGGAAAAGAAGAUUCGUCCUGAGCAAGCUCUGGAACAUCUUGCAGCACAAAAUGAAGCUAAUGGCCAAACACAGCAAGGCGGUAACACGCAGAUACACCUUCCCAUGAACGGUGUUCCACAAGGAGCGAGAACACCAAGUAUGGGCAAUAUGCAGAUGCCGCAAAACGGCCAAGGCGGAGCAUAUGCGUCACCUUCUGUCGCCAAUCUGAAUCUGCCUAACGGGAUGAAUGGCUCACCACAUCUGGGCAAUCAUCCUGGUAACCUCGCGCCCAACAUGGGUUUAGCAAACUCACACACGCCAUCGCCCCACCAGUCGAACAUGGCGGCACCACCUAUGGUCCCGCAGCAUAGCCAGCAGGGUACCAAUAGCAGCGUCGCAAGCGCCAACACCAGUCCCAAUAUGAACAACACAGGCGCCAAGCGGAGACGAAGUACUGUCAAGCUCGAAGGAGACGAUGGCGGCGGCCCAGACAACUCCAACCGGGUCAAACCAAGUCCUCGCAUGGCGAAGAAGGCGAGACCUUGA